CAUUUUACAAUUAAUUCUACACGGUAAUUCAUUUUACAAUGAAAUGAAUUUGUGAUUCAUUUGUUACCAAACGGUAUGUUAAUUAUUGGGUUCAAUUGCAAAACACUAAACAUUUGAACCUUGUUCUCUCAAAAAGUGGCAAAACGUGAAAUGUUUUAGUAAUUCUAUGAUGAAACUUGUAAUUCACCCUAUAGUUACCGCUAUAUCAUACCAGUCUUCCUUCUCCACCUCACUACUACUCCGAAACUAGCUUCAAGCUCCUCCAAUGGCCGCCUCCUUCCUCGCUCCGCUUAACCAGACCAAUCCCUCCCUCAUCGCCGCGUCCAUAGCAAUAAUAUCAGCUACAAUCUUCUACUUUUGGGCCGUGAAAAGAUCCAAUAAAAAGCUAGCACCUCUGCCUCCAGGCCCACUUGGCCUCCCAAUUCUAGGUUACAUCCCAUUCCUCAACGGCGCCCCAAUCCACCGGAAAUUCGCCGAACUCUCCGCCAAAUACGGCCCGAUCUUCAAGAUCUGGGUCGGCAGCCAGCUGUACGUGGUGGUCAGCUCCCCGGCGCUGGCCAAACAAGUCCUCCGCGACAACGAAUCCGUCUUCUCGAGCCGCGAGCUCCCGUUAGUGGGCCGGAUCUGCACCUACGGCGGGCUGGACCUGGCCUGCCUCCCGAUGGGCCCGGACUGGAACUCGAUGCGGAAGGUCCUGGUCCGGGAAGCCCUCAGCAGCCCAGGCCUGGACGGGUGCUACGAACUGCGGAGGAGAGAGGUCGUCAAAGCUCUUAACGAAGUAGAAGUCGGUAAGCCGGUUGGCGUGUUCGAAUUGGCGCACAAGGUGGUCGGAAAUGCGACUCUGGGUAUGCUGUGGGGCGGCGGCGGAGGAGGGGGAGUUGUUGGUGGCGAUUACGGGGAGACUCGGGAAGUGGGGCAGCGGAUUAUGGAGCUGAUGGCGAAGCCGAAUGUUUCUGAUCUGUUUCCGAUGCUGGCGAGGUUUGAUCUGCAGGGGAUUGGGAGGGAAGCGGCGGAACUGGCGGAGAGGUUUGAUCGGAUUGUCAGCGCUAUGAUUCGGAAACGAUUAGACGGCGGCGGGGAGAAGAAGGGAGGCGAGAUUGAUAAGGUGGAUUUGUUGCAGGUUUUGCUGGAGAGAAGGGGAAGUUCCGGCGCUGGAUCGCCGUUGACUUCCAUGGCCCACUUCAAAGCCAUGCUUCAGCAGGACGUUGCCGUUGGUGGGAACGAAAACAUAGCCAGCACAAUCGAGUGGGCAAUGUCAGAAUUACUCAAGAGCGACAGAGCAAUGAAAUCCGUCCAGCAAGAGCUCGACGAAAUCGUGGGGCCCGACAGCCUCGUCGAAGACCACCACUUGAAAGAUCUCAAGUACUUGGACGCCGUGAUAAAGGAGACCUGCCGUUUGUACCUGGCCCUCAUGAACCGGACGGCGAGCCGAGCCUGCACCGUCGGCGGGUACACCGUCCCCCAGGGAUCGAAAGUGUUCGUCAACUCGUGGGCCAUCCACAGGGACCCGCAGUUCUGGGCCGAGCCGUCGGAGUUUCGGCCGGAGAGGUUUCUGGACGGCGGGACGUUUGAUUUCAUGGGCAGCAGCAGCAGUUUCCGGUACGUUCCGUUCGGGUCGGGUCGGAGGAUCUGCGCGGGGGUUAGUUUGGCGGAGAGGCUGUUGAAGUAUGUGUUGGGUUCGUUGUUGCAUCGUUUCGAGUGGAGGCUGGCUGAUGGGGAGGAAGGAGGGGUUGAUCUUUCUGAUGAUUUUACUCUGUUCAUCAAGAAGAAGAGGCCGCUGGUUGCGGUGCCGGCUUCUCGGCUGCCGGCUGGGCUGGAGCUGCUUGCUUAUUAAGUUGGUGGUUGUGUAAUUGGAAACUAGCUACGGGACUCAGAACUCAAGAAAUGAUGUGUGUGUAUAAAUAAAUAUAUAAGUAUAUAUGGAAAAACGCCUGCCCUGUAACUUAAUUAUCUUCACCAAAACGCUGAUAGCCAUGGCGCCUGGCGGUGAUAAAAUUUACAACCAAAGUCCUGGUGGUUGGAGAAGGGAAGAAAAACAGGGGAACCCCCAGUCAAAUAUAUCGCAACGGG